AUGGUAAUGCCGAAACCAGGAGAAAAGGUGCAGAUCAUGAGUUGGGGAACCACAGACGAAAAAGCCAAUGCAACCCUUCAGGGAGCCAACGCUGAGAUCGAAGAUAAGGCCCGCUGCCAGACUGCCUACCAACCGUCUUGUAAAACUAAAAAUGUAGCCAUAAACGAGGAUAUGAUUUGUGCCAAAAAACCUUGCGGCGGUGACGAAGGCGGAUCUUUAAUCAGUGUUCCCGGCAACCAGCUAAUUGGCCUCUCGUCAUCCUUGUGUGGUCAGCCCGCGAUCCCCGGUGUCUACACUAAUGUUGUUAAGCAAAAGUAUUGGAUCGAGCUCAAUGCCUAUUUUGCAAUAGCGCGGCCUGACCUUCUGUCUGCAGGAAGGGUUCCUCAUCCAGUUGACGAAAGGAUCGUUUGCGGUUUUCCCGCGCCGAUUGAAAAAGUUCCCUGGCAAGUUUCUCUGGACAUUAAGCAAACCAAUGGUUGCGGUGGAGUCAUUUACAACGAAAAUAUAGUUCUGACAGCGGCACACUGUGUUCGAGGACGUAAUCCAAGUGACAUUGUUGUGUCCUCCGGAUCCUCGAAAUGGGGAGCAGGUAACUUAACAGUUGUGGAUGAAGUUUUUAUUCACGAAGAUUACUCCCCGGAAACGACCUACGGAAGUAAUGCCAAUGAUAUUGCUGUGCUCCUUUUGCGUACGCCCAUUCCUUAUGGAGAAAAAGCUCGGCCCAUUGAGAUAGCGAAGGAAACGCCGAAUCCAGGACAAUGGGCGCAGAUCACUGGUUGGGGCACAACCCAAGACGGUGCCACCGAUCCUGGGACUGUAUACCUGCAGGGAGCCUACGUUCAGAUCGAAGAUAGCGCUCGUUGCCAGAUUGCCUACAGUGAUAGCCAACCGUCUUGUAACACUCAAAAUGUAGCCAUUACCGAGGACAUGAUUUGUGCCAAUGGCAAGGACAAUGGACCUUGCGGCGGUGACUCCGGUGGACCUUUGGUCAGUCUUCCCGGCAACCAGCUAAUUGGCAUCUCGUCAUGGAAUUCCUACUGUGGUCAUCCCUUGAUCCCCGAUGUCUACGUCAAUGUGGUUGUGCUCAGGGGUUGGAUCGAGGCCACAGCCUCUUUGGCCAAAUGA